GGCACUCACGCAUUCAGUUCGUUUCUCUUCUACAGCUAAAAGCAACUAAUAAACGAUACGCGUUAGCCCUAUCAGACCGCCGUUUGUAUUUCAUUGUUUUUUUUUUAUUGCACACCAGCUGGAAGCGCAAAGAAGAAGCACGGCCCAGCCAUAAACAGCGGAGAGGUGAAACAAAGGAGACGGCGACGGCGACGGCGCAGCGCACACAAAAACACAAUUAAUAUAUUUUUUGUAUAAAUUGUCGCCGUUGGAUGUGUAAAAAGAACGCGAAAGCAACGAAGCUGCCAGUAGUAAAGUGAUCGCACAUCGUGUGAUAAUUACCCAGAUACGUGAUAUUCCUGCUCCUGCCAACCACUCAAAAGAAAAUCAAGCAUCCUGCAACGUGUGCUUUACAUAACGAGCGGCAAACAAUGAAUAACUUAGCGGACACUGUUGUGGUCGAUCCGGGCUUUGGUGGCGGCGACAAGCAAGCCCAGGCAGGCUCCACCCAGCCCCAAGAUUCCAGCGUCCUGGUGCCCCCGCCGGCCACCAAACAAUCGUCGGCCUUGAAAAAGACCAGCCGGUAUCGUAGUCGUUCUUUGAGCGCCUCCUCGACGGAUUCCUUUAGUUCGGCCUCCUACACGGGCAGCAGCGAAGAUGGCGACGAUGUGCCGCCGCGCGAGAAAGUGCAAAAGAAUUCGAAGGGCAGCUCCGAUUUCUGUGUGCGCAACAUUGGAGCUCAGCAUGCGUUCGGUCGUCGUGAGAUCGAGAUUGCCGAACAGGAAAUGCCGGGCAUCAUGGCGCUGCGCAAACGCGCCGCCGAGGACAAGCCACUGAAGGAUGCCAAAAUCGUUGGCUGCACCCACAUCAAUGCCCAAACAGCGGUGCUCAUUGAGACGCUCUCCGAGCUUGGAGCCAGUGUACGCUGGGCAGCCUGCAACAUUUACUCCACCCAAAAUGAAGUGGCCGCCGCUUUGGCGGAAUCGGGCAUACCGAUCUUUGCAUGGCGCGGCGAGACGGAGGAAGAUUUCUGGUGGUGCAUCGAUCGUUGUGUGAAUGCCGAGAACUGGCAGCCCAAUAUGAUAUUGGACGAUGGUGGCGAUGCCACGCAUCUGAUGCUGAAGAAGUAUCCCACCAUGUUCAAGCUGGUCAAGGGCAUUGUCGAGGAGAGUGUGACGGGUGUGCAUCGCCUCUACCAGCUCUCCAAGGCCGGCAAACUGACUGUGCCAGCGAUGAAUGUCAACGAUUCGGUGACAAAGACCAAAUUUGACAAUUUGUACAGCUGCAAGGAGUCCAUCUUGGACAGUCUGAAGCGAUCUACGGAUGUGAUGUUCGGCGGUAAGCAGGUUGUCGUAUGUGGCUACGGCGAUGUGGGCAAGGGCUGUGCCCAGGCGCUCAAGGGUCAGGGCUGCAUUGUGUACAUCACUGAGAUCGAUCCGAUUUGUGCGCUGCAAGCGAGCAUGGACGGUUUCCGUGUGGUCAAGCUGAAUGAGGUGAUACGCAAUGUGGAUAUUGUGGUCACGGCGACGGGCAACAAGAAUGUGGUGGUGCGCGAGCACAUGGAUAAGAUGAAGAGCGGCUGCAUUGUGUGCAAUAUGGGCCAUUCCAAUACGGAAAUCGAUGUCAAUGGGCUGCGUACCCCGGAUCUAACCUGGGAGAAGGUGCGCUCGCAAGUCGACCACAUCAUUUGGCCAGAGGGCAAGUAUAUAAUACUGCUGGCCGAGGGUCGACUGGUCAAUUUGAGCUGCUCGAGCAUACCGUCGUUUGCGGUCUCAAUUACAUCUGCCACGCAGGCGUUGGCGCUGAUUGAGCUCUUCAAUGCACCGCCCGGUCGCUACAAGUCCGAUGUUUAUCUGCUGCCCAAGAAGAUGGACGAGUAUGUGGCCAGUCUGCAUCUGCCCACGUUCGAUGCUCACUUGACGGAGCUGAGCGACGAGCAGGCCAAGUAUAUGGGCCUCAAUAAGGCCGGUCCUUUCAAGCCCAACUAUUAUCGCUAUUAAGGGACAAUAACAACAACAACAACAACAAUAACACAACAACAAUUAGAAGAACAACGCCAACGAAAGUAUUUUCUUUGCAAGAUUUAAAGCUAUUUACGCGAGAAUUUCACAAUUUCUCACAAAUUGUUGACAAAA